AUGUCCUACCCUACCCUGCCGCCUGUGACACCUCAGAAGCCACUUCCUGGAGCCUUUUUCCAGACGCCCGCGACCAGCAAUGCGCCCGUUUCACAGUCGAUUGCGUCGUCCCAGACGGCGACACAACCAACAAACUCAAGUCCCCAAACUGUCCUUCCUAGGUUCCCUCCGGCGUCCGCCUUAAAACCAGCGACAGCUCCGACUUCAACCACAGAGGACCGUGCCGCGCGAACGGUCAAUGAUACGCUUGCACAAGAAGCUCGAUACCCAGAUCUCGAUAGCUAUUUGUCUCAGGGAUUUUCGUCCGAUUAUGAUAUCCCAUUGUCCUCGUCAUGGGCGCCGUUCCAAAAAGUCAAGAUGUACAACAUCCCCGACCAGAUUUUCGACCAAUAUAACUUAGCCCAAGUAUCAACCAGUAUGGGAUUGUUGGCAGAGUUGCACCACGCGUGGGUGGCGAUUGACAACGCGCUGUACAUUUGGGACUACACGCACACAAAUCCUCAGUUGGUCGGGUUCGAGGAUCAACCUAAUAGCAUCAACUCUGUAAAGCUGGCCAAACCCCGAGCUGGCGUGUUUCUUCCUUCGAUCACCCAUCUGCUUGUCAUCUCAACGACCGCCGAGGUUAUCCUUCUAGGAAUGAAGUGCGAAACCACACCCGGGGGAAGUCGUCAAGUCACAUUGUUCCAGACGGGAAUGUCGACAUCCAUCCGAGGAUUGGACAUUCACAUCCUAACCUCCUCGGACGCGACUGGCCGUAUCUUCUUUGCCGGAACAUCAGAUAACGACGUCUACGAGCUCACAUAUCAACAGGAGGAGAAGUGGUUCCAAGGUCGAUGCUCAAAGGUCAACCAUACCAGCUCCCGGCUCGCAACGUUUGCGCCGUCUUUGAGUUUCACACAAUCGGCCUCGGAACAUGUUGUCCAAAUGGAGAUUGACGACUCCAGGCGAUUAUUAUAUACUUUGUCAUCUGCAUCUACCAUCAGGGUCUUCCACAUGAAGACGGAUGGUACUCUCUCUCUUGCUAUCACGAAGCCGGCCCUCGAUAUCUAUGCCAACAUUGGCCAUAUAAUUGCUUCAAACCAAACACUGAACGCUAAAGUCAAGAUUGUUUCAAUCAGUCCUGUGCCGGCGGCGGAGGCAUCGAGGUAUCACUUGAUGGCUACGACCGCAACUGGCUACCGUAUAUACCUGAGCGCGACUGGUUCCUACAGCUGGUCUCCUGCACCAAAUGGCGCAACUGCUCCAACGAGUAUGCAGGCCCAUUAUGUGAAAACCCCUCCUUUCGAUAAUCCCGCCCCUGCAGCGCAGGGCCAACCGCGCUUCCAGUCAUCCAUGGCAGCCAAGGUUCCGAUAAACACCCUCAAUCCCACAACAUUCGCGGCCCGGUAUCCACCAGGAUACUUCUUUUGCUUUACCUGCCAAGAUGCCACACAAAAGACGGAUACUUUAUUCAUAUCAGCCCCCGACUCCGGGCGCGUGGCUCGUUCACAGGAGAAUGUAAUCCCCGGGAAAGCGGCUGAAACCGGGAUAUGGCUCUCCUUGGGCAGCAGAGCGGAGGAUAUUGGACUCAGCUCACCAACAACGCCAGCAUCAGCGAGCCCAGGGGGCUUCGGUAACGAACUAGCCGUUCAAUUUGACAACCCAGCCGCGGAAGUCGCUAUACUUACCAAUACUGGUAUUCACGUGUUCCGAAGGAGGCGACUCGUUGACAUAUUCGCUGCUCUAGUGCGCAACGGAGGUAGCGGCGGUGACGAGGGGCUUGAGGGCGAGAUUAAGAAUUUCAUCCGUACGUAUGGCCGGAGCGAAACGCUUGCAACUGCCCUCGCGGUUGCGUGCGGUCAAGGCGUCGAAGUAUCUACGGACUCCCGGUUAUCAAAGAUCAAUGACCCGGAAGUCCUUGAGUUUGCUCGCAAGGUCUUUAUCGACUACGGCGGGCGGCCGACUUUGAAUGAGAAUGCGGUCGCUGACAACUCAACACCCGCUAUUGACACAGUUGUUCCAUCCCCUCGACAUGCAGGUAUUGCGCUGUACAUUUCAAGGCUUCUACGUUCAUUAUGGAAGAAGGAGAUCGCCAAAGUGGGCAGCGCGCCCGGUGGAGCGCAGACGAUCUCGUCUUCCUUCCCGGCUGCCAAAUUACAGGGUGUUCAGCGAGACCUGUCUGCUCUCCAGGAGUUCUUCAAGUCGAACAAGUCUUUCAUCGAAGGCUUGAGUGGCCCUGAAGCCCUUGCGCGCGUCUCGACGAAACAGGAGGAAAUUGAGCUGCAAGCUGAGCACCGGGCGCUGCACUCGCUCGUCCAGCUAGUGUCUCACACAAUUGAGGGCAUUUCGUUCGUGUUGGUCCUGUUCGAUGAGAAAGUUGAAGAGAUCGUCGCACUGUUGCCGGAGGAAUCGAAGCAAAAAUUCUUGAAACUCACGUUUGAAGAGCUCUUCAGCACCACCAAAGGUCACGAAAUCGCCAAGGAGCUAGUCAAGGGGAUUGUAAACCGAAACAUAGCCAAGGGUGCUAAUGUCGAGACUGUUGCAGAUGCGUUGCGCCGCCGAUGUGGCAGCUUCUGUAGUGCUGAAGAUGUUGUGAUUUUUAAGGCCCAGGAGCUCUUGAAGAGGGCUACAGAGGCUGGUUCCAACUCCGAGCUUGGCCGCAAUCUGCUGAACGAGAGCUUGCAUCUGUUCCAACAGGUAUCGGAGAGCCUCCCAAUGGACUACCUAGUGCCUGCCGUCGAAAGCUAUAUCUCAAACCAGUUCUUUGCUGGUAUGUUUUCAAGUGUCCAAUUGAAACGUCGUUUUUUAACUUCUAUAGGUGCUAUUCAACUUGCUUUGAAUGUCGCUGGUCGAUCAGACAAGGCUAACUUGGCGUUGUCAUGGAUGAUGGAUGGCCAGCCCCAACCGGACCCUCGAAGAGAUCACUAUCUGUUCAGGAAACAAUGCUACGACCUGAUUUUCAAGGUUAUACUCGCCGUCGACACUCUUGCCGCUCAGGAUCCCGGCGUCGUUGAUGGGCAGCUGACAAUCGUCGCCAAACGCAAAAAUGAGGCUUAUGGGAUCAUUUCAGAUUCGACAGAUGAAGUAUUCUUGACAAGCUUAUAUGAUUGGUAUUUGGAGCAGGGAUGGAGUGAUCGACUGCUAAGGUCCGACUCUCCAUUUGUCGUGGUAUACCUCAAGCGCAAAUCGGCAGACGACCUUGCCCACGCCGAUCUCCUAUGGAAAUACUACACGCAGUCGGAGCGCUUUUUUGAGGCGGCCAAGGUGCAACUAGAACUCGCAAACAGCUCCUUCGUUCUUCCUCUUAGCCGGAGAAUUGAAUAUCUCGGCCAAGCGCGGGCAAACGCCUCAACCUUCACACAAGACGUCGGACGACAAGCCCGCCAGCGAUUGCUGCAGGAAAUCUCCAACCUCAUCGACAUUGCGAAUAUCCAGGAUGACCUUUUACAACGACUAAAGGACGACCCAAGGCUCGAACCCGAGCAACGAGCCAGAGUUCUCGAGGACGUUGACGGCUCCAUUCUUACGGUCUCUUACAUGUUCAACCAAUACGCCGACAGCGCAAGCUACUACGAUAUCUGCCUCCAGAUCUUCUACAUCGCCGAUUAUCGCAACCCAGCCGACAUCCGCGCCACAUGGCAACACCUCCUCCAGGACUUGCACGAUGAGACUCUCGCCCGCGGUUCCCCUCAGCCCUACGAAGCCGUUACCCAAAAAUUCCGCUCUCUAGGCUUUCGUCUCCACAUGUCUGAGACCAUUUUCCCUAUCCCCGUUCUUCUUCCCAUGCUCGAGCGCUACGCCCUAGAACACCAGCGCAAUGUCGGACCCCCAACGUGGGUCAUCGACACUUUCUUUGACCUCGGCGUCGCCCACGAAACUAUCUACUCCGUCCUUGAGUCCAUGUACUACACCGAUGAAGCUCCUUUCCAAGGCACAAACCGCAAAUUCAUCGCCCGCGAUCUCCUGUACACCAUCGAACACUGGUUCCACGAUACAGUGCGCCUAGGCGGUAUUGUUUUCGGAAGCGACCUCAUCGCCGAGCGCGUAGUUGAGAUGCUUGUUCUUUUGCAGCAGGGCGGGAUCACCCAGGAACAGAUGCAGGUCGCGCACGAGCUGAGGGCUAGAAUCCAGGAUAUUUUGCGAUGA